AUGAUGGCCGCCCUGGAGUACGACAUCACUGCCGCAGAAGCCUACAGGACCUACCUCGAGGCGAAGAUCGCGAAGUUGCAGAUGGAGGCGAACCAUCUGAACAGCAAGCACAACAAGAAGGAGCGCUCAGCCAAGGGCAAAGAGGUGGCCGACCUGAAGAACAGCCACAAGUAUGUCGAUGCCUACAAAAUCACCAAGGGCCUUGAGCCUAGGUUUGGACACUUCGCCGUGCGGCCCGCGAUCGACACCGAAGAGCCCGGAAAGGAGGCGGUGGAGACAAAGCCGAAGAAGGAGCACAAGAAGGAGAAGAAGGCCGAAUGCGCAGGCCUCAGCCACGAUGAGCUGAAGGGACUGGAGGACCUGAAGCAAAAAAGCGAGAAGAUCGUGGCAUUGGGCACCAGAUUGAAAGAGCUCACUGGCAGGUGCAGCUCGCUCACUGGCAGUAGCAGCUCCAAGAAGGAGAAGGACGGCAAGAAUGGCUGCAAGAAGAAGACGCCCCUCAGUGCGCAAGAGCAGAAAGACUAUGCUGAGCUGCAAGGCGCCUGCGCCAACAAGGACGUGAAGGCAGAUCCAGACUUGAAGGACACGGAGGAGUGGUCAGAAACAGACGGUGAAACAUUUCUGACCGCAUAUGCGCAGCUGGCUUCAGCUGAAUCCUGGAUGGUCCGAAUGGCUGCCGCUGUUGGGGUUCACGUACAAGAUGACAACAACGUCACGAUUGCGAAUGGCCUUGACACGCUCGAAGAUGAGGAGCGGCUGCGCAGGGUGGAGGCAGCGAGGGCCCGGGAGGAGGAUCAGAUGGCCCUUGAAGAGGCCAUGGAGGAUGGAAAGUCUACCAAGCGUAUGAGGCUCGAGUGUGAGCUGAAAACUGUGAAGGGUGCCAGUGUCGGCCGUGGUAUGCAUGAUGUGUUGGUGGAUGGAGAAGAACGCCUGGUGGUGGUCACUGCCGUCUUCGAAGUGCCCCUGGACCAGGAGCCUGCCGCUGAGGAGGGCAUUGAGGCGCCGAUCGGCUCCGCGAUGUUUGAUGAGAUGGUGCUGGAUGCCUCGCAAACGGUGGCAGCUGUGGACGAGGAGAACGUGCCGUGCGUGCCAGGAUGCGCCUCAGAAAUAGUGAGAGCAUACCUCGCUCUCUUCCUUGACGGGGCCGCGCAGGAAGAAAUGAUUAGAGAUCGCUUUGGUGAGGACGUGGCCAGGUGGUUCGGUGACCGGCGUGAUCGGCAUCUACGAGAAGCUGGACGACGGACCUCAAUUGUGGAUCCACCUGGUGAGAGGGACACGGCAGCCGAUGACCAGGAUGAU